AUGGGUUACACGCAUUACUACGCUAUCGUUGGCUGGGAUACACCUGAAUGGCAGAAGGCCUGGGCCCAGAUUAUCCAAGAUGUCCCUAACAUCAUCAAAGAAGCUCGUGUCCCUCUCACGGGACCGACGGAAGAUAUGGACAAAAUUACACCGGUGAUCACGGACUCCGAGAAGGGUAUACACCUGAAUGGGAUUCGAGGAAACGCCCAUGAAGACUUCAGACUUUGCAAGCCGGGUGCAUGGACUUUCUGCAAGACUGCUCGAAAGCCGUACGAUGUGGUCGUUUCAUCCAUCCUUCUCAGGAUUUGGAUGUUAGCACCCAAGAACCUUGAGCUUGGCUCGGAUGGUGGUUAUGAAGACUGGGAUGAAGCACGUGACCUCUGUGCCACCUUGUGGCCUGAGGAGCCCACCGAAGGCCUAUGGGCGCAGCAUGACGAGGAAAAUGGCGUUGCGGCCAACAAUGGAAGCGAAUAG